CUACUGUAGAAAACAGGUUUUCCAGCACUUGCCAGAGCUGCUCGCAAUGGACAGCGCUCUGAAGAUACAAUGAUCUCUUUCGCGGCACGACCACUUGAAUGAAAUCACUGUUGACAAGAGGUCUUAACACAGAACCGAGAGAGACCGAGAGGGAGAGAGUGAGAGACCGAGAGGGAGAGAGUGAGAGACCGAGAGGGAGAGAGAGAGAGACCGAGAGGGAGAGAGAGAGAAGGAGAGCUCUGUGGACUAUCUUUGACACAAAGAAACAGGGUUUUGAACCUGCAAACCAAGGAGCUUCUGUCACAUCUCUAGUUGCUCUACAUCUAGAAUAGCCAAGAUGGAAGAAGAUUUGGAUGACGGUCAGACUCAGAAAGGAUGCCUGGAGUGCUGCAUCAAAUGCCUGGGUGGCAUCCCGUACCCAUCGCUCAUCGCUACCAUCCUGCUGUAUGCUGGGGUGGCACUGUUUUGCGGCUGCGGGCACGAGGCCCUCUCCGGGACCGUCACCAUCCUGCAGAACUACUUUGAGGUGGUCCGGGGACCCGUGGAUUCCUUGGACGUGUUCACCAUGAUUGACAUAAUCAAGUAUGUGAUCUAUGGCAUCGCCUCAGCGUUCUUUGUCUAUGGCAUUCUGUUGAUGGUGGAGGGCUUCUUUACCAGCGGAGCCAUCAAGGACCUGUAUGGAGACUUCAAGAUCACCACCUGUGGACGUUGCGUCAGUGCUUGGUUCAUCAUGCUGACGUACAUCUUCAUGUUGGCUUGGCUCGGGGUGACAGCGUUCACCUCCCUCCCCGUCUUCAUGUACUUCAACAUCUGGAGCAUUUGCCAAAACACCACCAUCUUGGAGGGAGCCACUCUGUGCUUGGACCCGCGCCAGUAUGGUAUUGUGCCAAUUGGGGAGGGGAAAACUGUAUGCGCUGGUUCUGAGAAGUUUUACAAGAUGUGUGAAUCAAAUGAGCUGGACAUGACAUUCCACCUGUUCAUUUGUGCCCUGGCUGGUGCUGGAGCAGCUGUCAUUGCUAUGAUCCACUACCUGAUGGUGCUGUCGGCCAACUGGGCCUACGUAAAGGACGCGUGCAGGAUGCAGAAGUACGAGGACAUCAAGUCCAAAGAAGAGCAGGAGCUCCACGACAUCCACUCCACCCGCUCCAAGGAGCGCCUCAACGCCUACACAUAAGGCCAGCGUGAGGCCUGGCCCUGCCACCCUGACCCCUCCC